CACCGUUCGUCUUGUCUCGAGGAGCCCCGAGCUUGGUUUCUCUACCUGACGACACCGACGUCUCCCAUCAUUCAACUCCACCUCCCUACCCGAUCAUCUACCUCCAUUCAACUACACCUCCCUCCACCAUCUCCAUCCAUUCAAUUCCACCUCUCUACCCCAUCAUCUCCCUCCAUUCAACUCCACCUCCCUCCCCCAUCUCCCGCCUUCCUUCCCACACUUCCUCCCGCCCCCACUGAUCCCCUCCCCCUCAUCACGUGCCGCUUCGAGUGGCAAAUUCCAGCGGUAACGACGAGGGGAGAUGGAGCAGGAGAGAGACGGGAGCUUCAAAUAAUGACCAGGGUCAUUUCAAAGAUAGCAUUCAGCAUAUAAUUGUUACGUGUGCAUUUUUAGUUUAAAUCAGAUUAGUGGCUUAAUUCAAUAUAAAACAAACGUUAAAUAAAGCUCAUAUCGAGUACAUCGUGGGUAGCGCUGUUUGUUGCAAGCCGCUUGACGUUUUGGCCCUUUGAGUCUGUGGUCAGCAGCUGUGUUUAAAAUAUCAAAACCUCGGACAAAUUUUUAUUUUGUUAUCAUCGAGAACAUUCACUUUAUUCAACAACAAAAAUUACACGCUUAUUUAAAUACCAGUUAUGUCAGCCCAAGUGGAAAACCCAGGAGAUGGAUAUGGAACAAAUCCUGGAUCAGAAUCAAUGGCUCCAGGGUCUGGAGCCCCAGCCCCAGGAUCUGGAAUCGCGCCUUCAGGAACCGAAAUCUCAGCUGCAGGGUCUGGAACAGCCGGAGAGACGGAUCAGAAGGGCGGGUUCUUUGCAAGAAAGUCGGCGAAGAAGAAGUCCCAGGAGAAAGGCCUGGAGGAGAGGGCUCAGCGUUUCCGUGACGACGGCGUGCGACACAAGGCCAAGCUUAUUGGGGUGGAUGAUGUGAGUGACUCACGCGGGGAGAAGCUCUGCCAGGACUCCAUGAUGAAGCUGAAGGGUUUUGCCGCGGCCGCUCGCUCCCGCGGGGAGCACAAACAGAGGGUGGUGAUCCACUUGUCGCUCAGCGGACUCCGAAUCUCCGAUGACAAGUCCGCCGUGGUGGAGCACGAGUCUGUGCUGGAGAAGAUCUCAUUCAUAGCGAAGGACUCGACGGAUACGCGUGCGUUCGGUUUCGUGUGCGGAGCCGAGGGGCAGCACCGGUUCUACGCAAUCAAAACGGCGCAGCUGGCUGAGACGGUGGUUGCAGACUUGAGGGAUCUCUUUCAGGUCGUGCAGGGUCUGAAGAUGAGGGUCAAGGUUGAAGACCCUGGGGUUGAGCAGAUAACACCAAACGAACAGAGUCAUGAUGGAGACACAAUGCAGGGUGGAGAGACACUGUUUGGACGUGACGAAGACACCAACAAAAUCACGAAUGGACUGGAUCAGCUGGAUCUGUUUGGGGUCAUGUCGACCCAGCCGGACAUCAGCAUCAGCCCGACUAGGGCCUCAUCCCAGCCACCGUCUUGGUUCUCCUUCAACGAUAACCACAACCACGUCCCCUCUCCUCUCUCCGAACCAAGCCCGUGGGGGUCCGCCCCCCCCCAAACCACUCCCUCAUCUACGAGUCCUGCAGUAAACCCCUUUGCCGACAUACACGCAACAUCAUUGCCACCGUCAUCAUCACUUUCAUCAUUGGCACCGGGGAACCCGUUUGCGCACGGAUACAUGGAUUCGCUGCGUAACGGAUCAUCAGCUCUUCCGGCCACCGCUGCCGCCGCUAUCAUCACACCACCCCCCAGGAACAAGAACAACGUGUCUAAUCGAGCAGCCGGCUCCCAACACAUGCAGACUCCGGGAUCACUUGAGCUCUUUGGCUCAGAUCUGUUCUCAGCUGACGCCUCCUCGACUGGCCCGAGCCUGUACACCGCCGCCUCAACACAGUCCAAUAUAGCCGCCCUGCAAGGCCUACACACCGCCAUCACCACCGCCGUCACCUUCGGCUCCCAAAUGCCGUACCCACCGAGGCCCUCCGGCUUCUCACAGGCGGCGCCGACGGCCCACCUCCCGAAGCCUCCAACCGCGAUCCCCAGUCCCCAGGCCUUUCCGGUACUGGCGGUAGCCGGAGCAUUUGGCCUCGCUCAGGCUCCGUUCGGUGCCCAGUCACAGCCGGCAUCGGCGUGGGCCUCGCCACCUGGCAUGGCCUACCGAGCCACGUCGCCCGCCAUCGGCGCCGGUGUGUGGCCGCCGUGCGGGCCGCCGCCAUCGCCGUGGGGUGCAGCGCAGCCGGCGGCGAUGGCUCAAGCCGCGGCUCAGUCCUAUCAGCCCAAUCACUUCCAGGUCGCGCCAAUUUUGACGCCGCCGGUCGCGAUGCCGGUCGCGGUGCCGGUACGUGGUGUUGCAGUGCACGGGGAGAGGCCCAGGCCAUCGCAGACGGACGCGUUCCAGAUGCUGGACCCGCUGGGCAGUGGUGGCGCCGGGGCCGGGGCCGGGGCCGGGGCCGGUGUCGGGGCUGAUGUGCCGUGGGGGAAGGAGAUGUUCAAGAUGGCACAGCCGGCGAAACCGUCACUCAGCCAGAUGCAGAACGGUGCGGGAGCAACCAUGCCAUCGACCAAUCAGCAGUGGCCUGGGCAGAGCCUUGCAGGGACAACCGCCUUCCCCACAGCCAAUCAGCAUCAGCCGGCACAGCCCACCCCCACAGGGGCCAUCCUCGGAGCUCCUUCAUUGGUACCACAGGUUCCUUGGCAGCAGGGGCCAACAGGUUCCGAUGCUUUUGGUGGUAACCCGUUUGGCUUGUGAGGGUGGCAAAGCCACCCAGAGAUCCCCACCAUGAGUCACCCAUCCUCCCCACGAGUCCAGGCGCCUGGUCCCCCCCGGCCUAUGGUGGGCCCCAGUGCAAUUGCACUGCCUGCACACUCGCUCGUUAGUUAUACACCAGGGCCUAGGUGAGUCUUCCGUUUGGCAAAUCGAUUUCUCAGAUUACAGAAUUACAAAUGAUCAGCAAAACUCGAAUAUUCGUAAAAAGCCGAUUAAGAUAUCUAACACAAAAUAAUCCUUAGCGUCAUAUUCUUGGGUCUUUCGGUAAAGUCACGUAGAUAGGUUCAAAGAAAUUUUAAAAAAAGAACAAACAACUACGAUGUUUCGAUCGCAACACAAGCGAUCGAAACGUCGUAGUUUUUUGUUAUUUUCUUUGAAUCUAUCUACGUGACUUUACCGAAAGACCCAAGAAUAUGAAUUCUUACAUUCACGAAAGCUUUAAGUCAAGAUUGAAUCCUUAGCGUCGUCGUGGAAAAUAUAAUAAAAAAUAUAAUCAGGCACUACGUCUCAUAUCUGCCCCUCCACAUAACACAUCUCAUUGGCCACAGCCUUCUGGAAAUGCAUAUGAUCAGAAUUGGUUCAACAAAGCAAAACUCUAAACUGGUUUCUACAUCAGCAGUCAUGCUUGCUUAAACCAAUGCUGGUGAAAUAGUUGUUUUGGUGAUGUGAUAAUCACCGGUAUAGUCUGAACACCACUUAAGGUGGAUUACAAUUCCAACGCCAAUGCCUGAAUGUUAGGAAUGUAGACACUGCAAACACUAUUAAGAUUCGUAGCUACCCAGCGCAAUUAACGAAGCCAAUUCGUGGUAUGUUUGGCGAUCGCGUACGGUAUAGUUUUGUGGACGUGUUGCUUAAACGAUGAUUGAAAUGUAUGGAUUUAAUUGUCAAAAACAAUAUUUGCACACAUUUUAUUUAUGUGCAAUGUCAAAAAAUUUGUGCAUAAAACAUGAAUUUUACUUUU